CAUUAGAAAAUGGCGAACGAAUACCUGAUGUAGCAUGGGAAAUUCGUAUUAAAUGUAAUAAAGAAACGAAAAUUGCCUAUGGACCUUGGGCUGAUCGACAAAGAGAAUUACUAUGGCAAUAUUUUUUACCAACCAUAUAUGAAGAUUCACCAAUAACAUUGGAACCAUCAAUUGGUCAAACACGAAUAUUUAAAUCAGUUCAUUUUAGAUUAUUAUUCAAUUGUCCAACAAUAUUAGAUCUUUAUUUUAUGCAUAAAAUGAAACUUCAACUACUUCAUAUUGAAUGUCCUGUAAAAGGUUCAUAUCUUGAUGCAAUAUUGCCAUUUUCAACAAAUCCUGAUGGUUUUGAUACACUUUUAUCAAUUGAUAUAUUACAACCAAUAAUUCGUACAAAUCUUUCAUUUUCACCAUUUGCUCAAACUGAUAAUAUAAAUAUUAAUAUUCAUAUUCAUUAUCCUCGUUUAUGGAAUUCAUUACAAAAUUGGCUUAUUGAUAUUACUACAAAAAAUCCUCAAAUUUAUUUUAUCUUUGAACAUAAAAACUUUUUUCAAGCUUUAAUCAAUGAUUGGUCAUCAUCAUCACCACCUGAUAUAUAUUCAUUUACACCAUUUGUUUAUAAUAUAACAGUACAUGGUGAUCAAGUUGAAAUAUUAAUUCCAUGUAAUCAAGGAAAUUGGAUUGAUUGUUCAAAUGAAAACGCUCAACAACCUGCAGAAAAUAAUUAUGUAUCAUUAUGUGCUAAAUCACUUGUAUUAACUUAUCCAUUACCAUUUUUUGAAUUUUGUCCAAAAGUUACAGCAAUGGAUUUAACAGUUGAGACUGAAGACGUACUUGUACGUCUUGUUAUACCACGAAGUAAUCAAAUGUAUUAUAUUAUAGAAGGACUUGAUAUGCAUAAACGAUUUUAUACACCAGAUGGUAUUAAAUCACAAUUGUCAUUAUCUGAUGCAUUUAAUAAACGGGAUGAUUGUUUUGAAUGCGGUGAAACAAGUCAUUUGAAGGUUCUUGUACAAAUUCUUCUUCAUUCCUCACCACCCAUUGAUACGAAUCGAACAGAUCUUUUAUAUGUUCAACAAGUAAGAUCAAUGGGAAAUCGACAAACAUUUCAUCCGAAUAAACUUGAUUACGAUAUAUUUAAUAUUGAAAUUGAUAUUGGUCCUGUUAAUUUACUUUUACAUGGUUUAUUUAUAAAAAAUCUUUGGUGGGUUAAAGAAAAUUUAUUCGGUUGGGAUCAAAUGUAUCAUGAUAUACACGAACCAGACUUAAUACGUGAAAACAAGAUUAUUAUACCAGAUGAUCCACUUGUUAAUAUGAUUGAUGAAGAUUGUCCAUUUGAUCCACGAUAUUUUCGACCAUUAAUGGUUACGUUACGUGUUGCACUUCAUAAUAUAACAGUUCAUUUGAUUUAUCAUACUGAUAAUGAACCUUGUCCAAUUGGUUUUUGUGAACGAUUAUGUGUUGAAAUGACAACUGAUUUAAAUGAAACAAGACUACAAGUAGUAAUUUUACCUGUUAAUGUUUAUGUUGAAGACACAGUUGUUAGAAAUAAAUCUGAUCAACAUUUAUCAAGUGGAAGUCUUCAAUUAUCAGGUUUGAUAAUGCGUGGUCAUGCAAUGCUUUCUCAUGAAGGUUUACCACCUGAACGUGAAACACUUGAAUAUGCAUGGCAAAUGGAAAUUUUACUUGGUAAAAUAUCAGCUCGUGUAACAACAAUUCAAAUGGAAAAAAUAUUGGCUUUUUUAAAAAAUUUUUAUUUACAAAUCAAUGCAAAUGAAUAUACAUUGAUACGUUCACCUGUUAUGGAUAAAACAAAAUGGAUUGAAAAACUUAAAUAUGAUGUAUUGAGAUUUAGUUUAGAUUCAGUUGAUCUUAGUAUUAUUGAAGUUGGAAACGCUCUUCAUGCACAGGUCGCACCAGUUCGUUUAUGUAUGUGUAAUAUGCAUACAAGUUUAUGUAAUGAAAGUUUAACUUUAAAAGUGGGUACUAUUCAAAUUCGUCAAUUAGUUCGUCUUUAUCCUAGUUCAUGGUUAGAAGCUGGUUCUAUUCAUAUACCAGAAUUACAUAUGAAUGCAAAAUUUGAUUGUCAUCCUCCAACACAAAUUAAUAUAAUUGAACAAAUUGAAUUUCUUCGUCGACAUGAUCAACAAACACAAAGACUUCAUUUUCUUUAUAACAUAAAAUCUCAACAAUUAACAACAAUAACAAAUUUAAGACGACCAUCAAAUUUGAGUUUAUCAACAAAUAUAAGUCUUUCAUCAUGUGCAUGUCUUGGUGGUUCAUCAAAUUAUUAUACACUCGUUCAAGGUGAACAAUUUUUUAAAAGUUCAUUUCGUCUUAGUGAACAACCAUUAUUUGGACGUUCUUUAUUUCGUCCUGAUCUACAUGUUAUACAUUCACAUCCAGUAUUUCAACAUAAAUAUAAUUGGCAUACUUAUCAACAUUCAUCUGUAUCAAAUGAACAAUUAAAUAAUGAAGAAACUUUUUAUCCAUUUGAUUUUUGUAGACAAAAAAGUCAAAUUAAUCAACAAGAACUUCGUAAUUCUAAUCAAAAUCAUUCAGAUUCUAAUAUAUCUAUGAAUCUUAAUUCAUUUCAACAAACAAAACGUAAAUCAUUAAGUGAAAAAAAAUCUCAUAAACGUUUAUCAGUAUCCACAACACCAUAUAGUACUGGUACUGAUGAUUCAUCAUCAUCAAUAACAACAAAUGAUGUCUAUUUAACACCAGCUGAACAUUUAUCAUUAAAUGCUUCAAGACAAACAAAUUUAAAUAUUACAAAUAAUAUUCUAGAAUCAUUAGUAUCAACUGAUACACUACAUCGAUCAUCAAUAACUUCAUCAUCAAUACCAGCACAUUUUAAUUUCUUAGCAAGAUCUUCAGAUGACGAAGAAACUUUAUCAAUAAAAUCUUCUGAUUCAUCAUCAACAGAUUCAUUAGCAGCUUUCGAAGAAAUACUUGAAAAACAACAGCCAGAAAAAUCAAUACCGCAAAAAAGUAAUUCAUCAAAUGUUGAAAACAAUUCAAUUCUUCCACCUUCAUUACCUAGUGCAUCAUGGAUUAAUUUAAGUAGUCAAAUGAAAAUGCCCAUUCCAAAAUCUCCAUUAUUAUGUACCACAUAUAUUCGUUAUUUAUCUCAUUAUCGUUCAUCAACUUGGUCAAAUAUUUCUUCAUUUCCUCCAUUAAUUCAACAAGAUCAAAUAAAUCAUCAACCAUUACUUGAUUUUAAUUGUGUUUCACAAGGUUUUUCAUGUUCAUAUCUAUUUGAACCUGUAUCAUCAAUACAAUCACGUCAACAAUAUCCAUCAACAUAUUAUCGAUCACGUUCAGUAGCCCCAUUAACAAUGUCUUCAUUGAAUUCAUCAAAUGCCAUUGCAACUGAAACAGAACUAUGUCUUCGAUUUAUUAGUUCAUUAAAUAUAUUUUUAACACCUCUUAUGCUUGAAUGUUUAACAACAUAUAUUGAAAAAUGGAAAACAUAUGAAUUACAUCCAAUAUCAGUUCUUGAUGGUCUUCAUUUUCAUGCUCAAACAACAUCAAAUUUUCCAUCAACAUCAAUUGAUUUAUCAUCAACAAAAAUUUCUUUUCAAUUACCAAAAAUAAAUAUUUGUUUAUUACAAGCUGGUUUAGCAGAAGAUCAUGUUCAAUUAACUGAAUUACAAACACCAGUUGAUAUUGUUACAAUGUCAUUAUUUGCUUUAUCAUGUAGACAAAUUCAAAUGGAAACAAUUUUAUCUAAACGUGAUCAAUCAACAGCUGGUGUUUUUAAAAUUCAAUCAAUAACAGGACAAUUUCGUCGUUUUGAAAAUAAUUUUUCAUCAAUUGAAAAUGUUAAUAUUCAUGCUAUACAAUCUCAACGUUGUCGUUUACAAUUUCAUAUACCAAAUGAUAUUCAAACACAUUUAUCAAUUGGUAUAAAUAGAAAAAAUUUUGGUUUUGUUAUGAAUGAAUUUGGUUUACAACGACUUUGUUUUAAAUUAAUUAAUAAUGCAGCUAAACAACAACAAGAACGACAACAUAUUGUACCAACUGCGACGCAGAUUAAUGAAACACAAACAAGUAAACCAUCAGCUAAACAUAGAUUCAAAAGAAAAUCAUUGGAUCCAAUGGCUUCAUCUCCUUCAACGAUUACUCCAUCGAUCACAGUUUCAUCAGCACCAACUUCAUUAUCAAGUAGUGUAUUCGAUGGUUCAAUUGAUCAUGUAUGGAUAUCAUUUCCUGAACCUCCACGUCAUACACAAUUAACAUCAAAUUUAUUCAAACGAUCACAUACUAAUUCAAUAACUAAUACACAAGAAAUUCCUAUACAAAAGAAAAAUCUUUCAUCAUAUACGCGUUAUGAUUGGAAUUUUCUUUCAACAUUAUCACCAACUGUUCUUGGUUGGUUUUGUGUUAUUAAUCGUAUUAAGAAACCUUGUAAAAAAUUUCUUAAAAAACGUGAAAAACGUCUUGAUGCUGUUUUAGCUUAUUUUCUUAUUGAAGCAAUACCAUUAUCAACUUUAGCAGAAAGUAAAUUAUAUGAAUUAUUUACACCUAAAACAAAAUAUCUUCUUUCACAUCCUGUUUGUCAACUUGUUACGGAAUUUCGAAAACGUUUUAAUAAAGAAACACAAAUGAAUAUUAGUCUUCAAGAAAAUAUAAUACCAGAAAUAGAUAUAUUAAAACGAGGUAUACGUGAAUCAUGUCGUGCUUGGGCUCAAAUAUUUAAAUUACAAGUACAAAAAAAUUCACGUAUGGGUCGAAUAAUAAUAUCAUCACCUUUUGAUAAUCUAUUAUCAACAAAUAGUAAUAAUCAAGAACAGAUGGCAGAUGUUAGACAAACACCAACUAUGGUCAAUCGUGUUCAACAUCUUCUUGGACGUGAAUCGAUUGUAGAACAUCCAUCAGUUAAAUCAAGACAACAUCAAAAUGGAAUCGAUAAUACAACGACAUCUAAUUCAACUGCUCGAAAACGUUCGAUAUUAAAUAAAACUCGAUCGCAUACGAGUGCUAAAGAAACAAUGAUUGAAAUGAGAAAGAUCUCAUCAGCAGUACCAGAACGUCCACGGGCAUCUAGUUUUCUAGCACAAUCUACAGGUUAUGUAAACGUAGCAUUUGAUCAAGGUGAUGCUCUACGACGUCUUGAACCAACUGCUAAUAUCCAUAAUACAUCUGGUUAUAGACGAUUAAGUAUUGGUGCUAAUGAAUCUGAUUUUGAACGAAAUACAAAUCAUAUUCGAUCGAGUAAUCGCAAUCAUACCAAUUCAUAUAGUGGAAUAACUUAUUAUACUGAUGCUAGUUCAGUUGAAGAAUUAUUUAAAAUUCUACUUGAAUAUGCUGGUGUAGAAUUAUCAGUUACAUCAUCAAUUGAACCAUUAUUUGAAAAAUUAGGUCAAACUGUUUUAGCAUCAGCACAAAUAAAACAAUUUGAUGUUAAAAUUUUACCAAAUGAACUUAUCAAUGAUUCUCAAUCAAUAAUAUUAAAUCCAUCUGUUGAAUUAUCUAUACUUUGUGUAACAAAUUUAAAUGUUCAUAGUGUUUGUAAACAAUUACUUGAACAUAAUGAAUUACAUUCAGCUAAUGUUCAAGCUGGUAUACGUGUACAACGUGUUAAACAAGAAUUUAAUCUAUCAUUAUUACGUCUUGUUUAUCAAAUUUAUACAGUUGUUGGUAAUGCAUUCGAAUAUAUAAGUAUGGAUGAAAUAGGUAAAACAGAUAUAAAUAUUUCUCAACAACAAAAUGAUUCAUUUUUAAAUUGUUCACGAGCAACUACAAUAAAUGAUUUUGAUAAUUUUACUUCAACAUCUUUCCAAUUAAAUAAUCUUCAUAUUAAUAAUAAUGAUUUAAUUAGUUCUGAAAUACAAUGUUGGCAAAAAUUAUGUGAACUUGUUGCUAUAUAUCAAACAUCAACAGAUAUAAAGCAAUUACCUAAAAUAUCUAAACAUAAAAGAAGUCAUUCAGAAGUAUCAAAUGAUGAUAGUUUAGAAGAAAAUAGAAAUACAUCAUUUCAAUUAAUACCAACAAAAAAUGAUAUAACAAAUGGAACACUUUUACUUUCAGCAUUUGGUUGGUUAAUUAUUGAUGAAAUAUAUUAUGCAGCUUCAUUAGGUAGUCUUAAAGUUGAUGGUUGUAUGGGAAAAGUUCAAGGAAGUAUUUCAUUAUCACAAAGACUUCGAGCUUUACAAGCAAAUAAAAAUAGUCAUAAUUCAAAAAAAUACGAUGGAUCAUUAAUUGUUCAAAUUGGUUCGACUUCUCUUUCACUUAAAGAAACUCUUUCAACAUCUUCGGAUACUCUUCUUAGUAACAAUAAUACUUCUCAUUUAAAUGAAACACCUUCUAAUACUUCAUUAUCAACUCGAGAAAUAUCUGUACUUGAUAUUAUUGUUGGUAAAUCUCGAGCAUUAACAUCUCUUCAAACUCGUGGUAUGAAUUUAAGAUUAAGUGGUGUAACAAAUAUUGGUACAAUUGCAAUGGAUGUUCCAUUACGACCACAAGAAGUUCAUGAUAUAGUUAACCGUGCAGGUCGUUUAUUAACAUCUUAUGUACAAGAAUUUCUUCCUGAUGAUAUACAACAAUCAUCUACAAUAUUAUCAAAACCUACUGAUGAAUUAAAACAAAUGGAUACAAACAUAAACGAAACAAUUCAAGAAAUCAUUCCACCAACAACAAUUGAACAAACUUCAAAGAAAAAACGUUCAUAUAGUCAUCGUAAACGAACAUUAUCAUCACGUUUACCAGUUGAUAUUUUACAAACUGAAGCAAGUAUAUCAUCAGCAUCAAAAAAACCUGUAUUUGAAGUUCAUAUAACUGCACAUUGUCAAGGAAUGUCAUUUUCUACAACACUUUUAUCAACACUUAAAGCUCAAUAUAAAAUAGGUAUUGUUGAAGGUGUUGCAAAUCUUGGUAAAACAAAAUCACAGUUUACAGCUAUUGUUCAUGAACAUGCAUUACAUUUUUUAAAUAAUAAUAAUACAAAUAAUAUUCAUCAACUUCCAACAGUUAGUUCAGAUAAUCACGUACGAAUUGAUUUUCCACAAAUACGUUGUUAUGGAAAUUAUACUAUUGAACAAGAACAAAAUAAUCAACGAAAAGGACAUUUAAAUAUUCGUACAAAUAUUGAUUUACUUAAAUUUACAAUAACAGCUGAUUUUCUUGCACAAUUAGUUUUUGUUUCAAAAGUAAUUAUACAUGAAAUAAAUGAAAUACUUGGUAAAGUAUCAGGUGUUGAUCAAUUUCAAGCAACUGAAUCAAAAAAUAAUAAUAAUAAUUUAACAACGUCAGAUAAUAUUAAUAAUGAUUUUAAUGACGAUGAUAAUGAUGAUGAACAAGAAAAAAUAUCAACAACACUAUUUAUAUAUAAAAUUAAUAUAUCAAUAAAAGGCUUUCGAGUUAUUGGACAAACACCAUCAAAUACAAUUGUUAAAUUUGAAAAUGGUGAUAAAAAAGUACCAAUACUUAUUAAAUUAACAAAUUAUGAUGAACAAAAUUCAUUAUUAUUAUAUAAUAAAGCAUUAAUAAAUGCUUUAUUAAAUAUUAAACUUAGUUUAGGACAAUUAUUACAUACAGGAAGUUUUCAAGAUGCUGCUUAUUUUAAAACAAAAUUACUUUUAAAAAAUUCUUUUCAAUUUGAUGAUGUUGAAAAGAAAGCUUAUUUUAUUCGUUUAACUAAACCAAGUUUCUAUUGGCAAUCUGGUGCUAUUGAUAAAGGAAUUCUUUUUUGGUUAAAUUAUAAAAAUACAUAUGAUUAUUGGAAUGAACAGCGUGGUGCAUUUACAACUCCAACAACUGAUUCAACACAUAUACGUUCAUUAGUUAAUGUUCAACCAUCACCAACAAAAAAUAAUGAACUUAAUCUUAUGUUUCAAUUACAUAUUAUUGAUUUAGGUGUUGCAAUACCACUUCAACAAAUUGAUCAACCAGCAAAAUUAUCAACAGAUAAUCAAUCAAAUCAAAUAUUAAAUCAACGACAAACAUCAAUAACAUAUGAUGAAAGUAGUGAUUUUCUUGUAUUUACAAUUGAUCAAACAACAAUAUCUGCAUGUUCAUGUGGUGCUAUUAUAAGUUCAGGUUCAUUUGAAGGUUUUUGUUUUCGUUUUGCAGAAAAUUUUCAACAAACAAAUCCUAAUUGGAAACCAAUACCUUCAUCAACAUCAUCAUCAAAUGUUAUUUUAAAUGCAUGUUGUGUACCAAGUGGACAAUAUUCAAUGCAUUCACGUGCUAAACAUAUGGCAAAUUCAAAUAGUCCUAAAUGGUUUUUAAAUGUUCAAUGGGAUAUGAAAGGUAUUGAUAUAAAUAUUGAUUCAAUUAUAAGUAAACGUUUUUCACAAUUAAUACGAACAAUAACAUCAACACAAUUAAUUGAACCUAAUGAUCAUAUAAAUCAUGAUAAUGAUUCAUUAAAAAAUUUAAAUUUAAAUCAUACACAAAAUGGUAGUACAAUGAAUAUUAAUGAUAAUAAAGAUCCAAGUGAAGAUGAUGAAAGAAGAAAAAGAUUAGAAUAUGAAUAUUCUAUAUUAGGACAAAAAAUUGCAACAUUAAAACGAACUCAAGCACCAUAUGAAAUUUUAAAACCUGAAGAAGUUCGUUAUCAAUGGUUAGAAAAAGAAUUAUUACAUACAGUUAAAACAGAAAUACAACAAAAAAUGAAAAAACAAUCAACUAAGACUUCACUUAAUCGUGAUCGUAAUCGAACAUAUCUAUCAACAUUAAGUGUACCAAAUCAUAAACAAGUGCAAUUACCAGAUAAUCCUCAACGAUUAAAAACUGCUAGAUCGGAUCUGGUCACAAAUCAAGCACACAUGACUCCAUUAUCAAUUCAUGAAGAAAAUAUAGAAAAUGAAACACUAUCUACUCCAGAUGUUAUUAAUCGAGAAAAAAAUCCAUUUGAGACUGUAUUCCAUAGUGUUCCAUCAAAUGAACAUGAUGAUAAUGAAUUAAGUCCUUCAUCUACAACAAGUAAUCCAAAUGAAAUAACAUCAACUCCAGCAGUUGAUUUAGAAUUAAAUUUACAAAUUCAAAUAGCUAGUGGUUCUUGUAAUCUUUAUACACGUAAUGAUCUUAUAGCUCAUACAUCAGUAACAACAAAUUUAACUAAACAACAAAAACAAGCAACACUUGGUUUAAUUGAAGUUAUAAAUAAAAUUGAAUAUCAAGUAUUACAAUUUUCUUUACCGGGUGUUGAUGUUGAUGCACAUUAUAAUACAAAACAUUAUAAUAAAACAGCUAAUUCAUUAGAUAAACGAGCUAGUAUUUAUUGUCGUACUAUGAUACAAUCACCAACAACACCAAUUAUGAUUCAUCCAAUAUUAUUAGAUUUUGUUGAACAAACACUUGCAUAUGUUAAAUUACCACGUGAACAACAAAGACGAACAAAUAUACGAGAAGAACAAACACAAGAUCAAAAUUCAGAUGAUAAUCAUUUAGAUAACAUAUUUUUAAUCGAAGAUCAAACAUCACCAACUUCAUUUCCUAUUGAUGUUGUUGCUAGUAUAUAUAUUCAACCAUGUGUUCUUCUAUUUACAUGUUUACCAACACAUCCAAUGGAAUGUGAACUUCGUUUACCUACUGUUGAUAUUAUUUUUUCAUCUAAACGUACAUUAUCUGAUGCAAUAUCAUCAUUAAAAAAUGAAAAUUUAUCUAAAGAUAUUCUAGAAAAUUCUCUUGUUGGUUUAAAUUUUUCAUUAUAUAUGAAAGAUUUUAAAUUAAAUGUUUAUCAUCCAUUUUCUGGUGUACCUAAAAUACAAUUAGUUGAAGAUAUUCGUUUUGGACAAUUACAAACACGUAAUGCAUUAGCUGUUAGUGUACAAUCUGUUUCAAUAAAUAUUGCACGUACACGUUAUAUAUUAAUUAAUGAUGAUAUUGAAUAUUUAAAUAAUAUACAAUUAUCUAUUAUUGCACAAAUAUCACGAGCACAAUUUGAAUAUGAUAUAAGACGUUUUUCAGAAGUUUUAACAUUUCCAAAAAUAUGGUAUAAUCGUUCAUUAGCACGUCGUCUUUUCUUUGGAGGUGAUGAAAAUUUAUCAGCUAGAAUUCCAACAUCAUAUAAAAUAACACAAACAAUAACAACAACAACAGCAAAUAAAAUAAUACGUAAACAAGCACGUGUUAUUUUAGCUGUACAAUUAAAAGAAUUACAUAUAUCAAUGCGUAUGUCAAAUGUUAUGGGAAAAGUUGAAUGGAAUACACAAGAUGUUCAUUCAACAGGAAGUUUAACAUUAACAAGUGAAGGAAAACGAACAUUUUCUCUUUCAUUAGGUUUACAAAAUUCUACAUUUCAAGCUGAACAAGGUAUUAUUGGAGGUAUUGCACGAUUAAAAAAUGUUCGAGCAACAGGUCUUAUUCGUCAAGAAUUUCGUGAUCGAUCACUUCUUGUUGAUGCAUCUCAUGCUAUUAAUAUUCUUACUGAUGCAAUUGAAAUUCGUCUUGAUUAUAUGGGUUCUCCAACAUUAAUGGGUCGUAUAUGUCAUAUAUUACUUCGAUUAAAUGAUGAUCGUCAUACAACAACAAUAGAUAAAAGUACAAUACCUCCAUCAACAUUAGUUUUACUUAAUCUUAGUUGGUCACAAUUACAUUUAAUGAUAACACGUUCAACAACACCUGAUAUAAUAAAAAUGACUAUGAAAUUAACUGAAUUUGUUAAUGCACAAAUAGCUAAUUCAAAACAUUUAUUAGCAUCAAUACAAUAUGAUUUUCGCAAUGAUAAUAAACAUAAAAAAUCUGAAAUGAAUACUCAAACAAAAACAUCUUCUACUUUACAAUCAAAAUAUAAUAUAGAUAUUAUUAAAAAACAUAUUGGAAUGAAUGGUGGUGAAAUUAUGUUACAAGGUCAUAAUUUAACUGUAAUUAUUUUUCAUGGUUUAAAUUUUAAAUCACGUCAAUGGGCUUUAUUUUCACUUAAUGAACCACAAAUUGUUUUUGUUACUGAUCAUGGUGAACAAGGCGAUAUUAAUCAAAAAUUAUUUUUUUAUUUGGAUCAUCAAAGUCAAACUACGCAUUCAAGUUUAAAAUCUCGUACAAAUAUGGCUUCAGUAUCUAAAGUAACACGAAAUAGUAAUGAAGCACCAUCACAUUUAACAAUAAAUGAAUGGUUUAAUUAUGCAAGUUCAGCAAUAUCAGCUGUUGGUUUACGUGAUUUUCCAACAAUGGAUGAACCUGAAAUAACAUCACCAAAAAGUCAAGCACGUUCAAGACGAUAUGAACAAAAUGCUGAAUCAAUAUUUAUUCUUCCAGCUCUUGAAUUACGUUUUCAAUCACGACAAUUACAAGGACAAGUACAUUGUAGUUUUGAAACGGAAUUUUAUGAACAUAUUAUGUUUACAUUUAAUGCUGAACAUUUUUACUUUUUACAUGAUCUUAUAUCUUCAUAUAUCAAAGAAAAAGAACGAACUGUAGCAGCUGCAAUAAAUGAUAGAUCUCGACAACGAUCACUUGGAUCAUCAACUACUUCAUCUGAUAGUCAAACACUUCCACCAUUAGAGGAUGCACGAACUAAUGAUACACGUCGGUUUGUUUGUCCAGAUGCUAAAUGGAAAUUACAACCAGCAAUAAAACUUCUUACAGCAUAUGGAAAUGAAGUUGAACCAUUUGGUGCUGAUUAUGUUUUACAAAAAUUAGGUUUUCGUCAUGCACGUUUAACUAUUCCAAAAUGGGUACAACGUGGAAUUAUGGAUCCAUGUGAACAAUCAAUGACUAUUGUACAAUUAAUUCUUAUUUAUCUUUUACCUGAACGUUUUAAAGCAAUGUGCAUGAAAUAG